AAUACUCGUAUUUGAUUUAAAAAUCUGCUCGAGUUCACCUCGCUUGCACUAAAGAGCAAAGAAACGAAUUGAAACUGUGUUUAAUAUAUAAUUUACAUAUACAUUCAAUAUAAUAGCAUUUAAGUAACUUCAAGUGGAUAUAAGUGUAAAACUGUAUAAUCCAAAUAAACUAUAUCCAUAUAUUAUAUAUCAGAGAAGAAGAAUUUGGAUAAUUCUCAAAACGUGAUUCAUAUCUGAAAUACAUAACAAAAUAUUGGGAAUAUGAUGUUCUUCUUAUGUAUCUUCAUGUUGACAGCAUUGAUGUCAAAUACCGUAGCACAGUAUAACUAUGAAAAGCCAUUAAAAGACGGAGGCUACAUUUAUUCAGCACCAGAAUUGCCUUUCAACGAUGCGCCACCGUUUAAAUCUUUUUCAGCUUCUCAGGCAUCUACAUCUGCACCAAAACUGGUGGACAAAACUCCAGCUCAGGGAUAUAUAUAUUUAAAACCAAAUGUGUCAUUCACUUUGCCCACACAAAUCCAAAGCAGUACACCAUCGAAACCACCAUCAAUAAAAGAGGCUCCUACUUCAGUUUCAUCGAAAUUACUAAAACCAAAUGGUUAUUCUUACCCAAAACCUUCAUCAUUGGGACUAAAAGAAACAGUAACAAAACCACAUAUCUCUCUUCCGAAGCCCUCGGGAUAUACAUACACAAGUCCUCUUAUACCAUUUAUAAUUCCGACAAUAGAGGAGUUACAUUCCACGACAGUACCCACCCCGCAAUCAACAAAAAGUUAUUCAUAUACCACUCCUAAGCCUUCGACGGAUUCUACUUUGGCUUCAAGCAUUUCACCAAUAUCACCAACAACCGGAUACACAUACACGCGUCCUGCUGUUCCAUUUACAAUUCCACCAAGAGUUGCAACACAACUACCGAAAUUGAAAGGAUAUUCCUAUCCAGUACCCAAAGUGCCACUAAUACUGUCAAACAUACCCCCGAAGUCCAAAGACAAUCUUACCACUAAAAAAGGAAUUGUCCUUAAAACUCAACCCAAGGUAUUCACUGAGGUAUCUACUGAUCGUACGGUUAGUAAAAUAUUACCGACACCAUCAACUGGCUACUCGUAUUCCGCGCCGGCAGUGCCAUUUACAAUUCCACCAAAAAAUACGCCUACUAGACCAUCUAAUGUGCAAAUAACUCAACCCCCCAGCUACUUCUCUAAGCCAAUUACACUUCCUGAAACAUACACGGCAGUACCUCUGAAACAAGUUAAUGGAUACACAUACACGCGUCCUGCUGUUCCAUUUACAAUUCCACCAAGAGUUGCAAAAGAUAAACCAACACAACUUCCGAAAUUGAAAGGAUAUUCCUAUCCUGUACCCAAAAUGCCAUUAAUACUGUCAAACAUACCCCCGAAGUCCAAAGACAAUCUUAACACUAAACAAGGAAUUGUUCUUAAAAAUCAAACCAAGGUAUUCACUGAAUUAUCUACUGAUCGUACGGUUAGUAAAAUAUCACCGACACCAUCAACUGGCUACUCGUAUUCACCGACGGCUGUGCCUUUUACAAUUCCACUACAAAAUACGCCUACUAUACCAUCUAAUGUGCAAAUAACUCAACCCCCCAGUUCCUUCUCUAAGCCAAUUACACUUCCUGAAACUAACACGGCAGUACCUCUGAAACAAGUUAAUGGAUAUGUUUACUCUCGACCUGAUAUACCUUUCAAGACUCCAAAAACCACAGUAAUCACCAUUUCAUCUUCCUCGGUUAUACAACCUGCAGCACCGACAAAAUCACUGCCAAAGUCCAAUGGAUACUCUUAUACACCACCAAAUGUUACUUUUACUAUUCCUUCAAGUACUCCAGCUGCUAAUCAUUUACCAAAAAAGACAUUAGGAUAUUCGUACACUCCACCUAAAGUUACAUUCCAAACACCACAAAAAGUUAAUUCAAAUUAUCUCGGAUCCCCAGAGAAGGGGUACUUGUACCCUAAACCGGGCAUACCUUUUGCAUUCUGAACGCCUUCAUUGAUUUAGCUUUUUUGCAUUUUCUCUAUCGUUUACAUAUAUGUAAAUAUAGCAUGUACAGAAAAUAAAAUGAUCAGACAGUUAAAAUAAAAUACUUCUUGUAUUAAAAGUAAAACUAAAAGUUACAAUUUAAUGCUAUUGUGAAAUAUAUUUUAGACAAGACCUGAUGGUCUUUUAACAACUGUUUAUACAUACAUACAUAAACGAAAACUGGCAAAAAGUUUCACAAUUUUCAAUGCUCAGCAGAUACUUAUCUGUUAAUAGCUCCUAAAAUUGUAACCAGUAUUUUGAAGAAAUCUCAUCUUAACUUGUUUAUUUAAGAAAGUAUAUACAAUGCGUAUGUAAUAUACAUAUACAUAUAUUUGAAAUGUAGCUUUAACUUCAAUGGGGCAUUGGCGACGUUUAUGAAGUUACUUGUGAGACUAACUUUUAGUCGUUAUUUGGAUGAGAGGUAAGGCGUGGGCGUGGUAUCUCCAUUUUUCAAAUUUAUUUUAUUAAAGACAAGAAAAGAAAUGGUUUAGAUUUACAAUUUGGUCAAAUUCAAAUUGUUUACUUACAUAUGUAAUUUUAAAUUAAUAAUAAACUGUUGUUGAUUUUGUAA